AUGAAUUCUAAUUUUCAAACCCAUAUACCAUUAUCAGCUCUUCAAACAAACUCUGCUAUUCAAACCUGCCCUGAUAUUUACGGUUCUGGAAACUCUCAUCCUAAUACACUUAAAAAAAAUCCAACACUUGGGGGCC